AUGGGAAAGUACAACCUUAUAUUUAAAAAAAAUUGGUUUUCGAAAAGCAUUUUUGGGACUAUAGGCAUUUUUGUCAUUUUAGAUCAGCUAGCUAGAUACGAGUACAAUAUCCCAGAAUUCAGAAAUCCAAAUUUAACCAUGUGGUCAUGGUGGCUAGAAAAAGUCAACUUGAAAAGGUUAGGCUAUGAUCAAAAGGGCAAUUUGGAUGAUAAGGAGGGCAAAAGUUCUCAGUGA